AGUUUGACGACAUUAUUGGAAGCACAGAUCAUCUUAAUUUGCUAUACUACAAAGAACACGAGGAAUGGGAACUUAUACGGCCAGUUACCUUAUACAGCUACCUGCGAGAAAUUGAACCAGUCGAUGAAUACCGUAAUCUCGGCAUGCGUCUGAAACUCAAGAGGCGUCAUUACUUCUAUUCAGUUGUGUUCACAACGCCUCUUCUCACCACUUACAUUUUCUCGGGAGCAGUAUUUCUCGUUCCUGUUGACUCGGGUGAAAAAGUAUCGUUUGCAAUAACAAUGCUCUUAGCACAAACAGUGUCUUGUGCAACUAUUACCAGUUUUCUCCCGGCCAGUUCCCUGCAUAUUCCAAGGAUUGCAUUUCUUCUAACAAUGACCGUUAUUCAGAUAUCAGUCAAUGCAUUCCUGACUAUUUUGGUUAUGAACAUCCAUUUUCUCGGCGGAAAACUCAAAAUGGGGUACAAGACCAGAUGCCUCAUAUCGCACAGGUUAAUGUGGUGUUUCGGAUUGAGACCCUGUGAGCUCAAGAAAACUUUUCUCGGACUGAAAAAAACCACUGAUUUAAAAACGUCUUUUAAUCUUGGAAAGAACAAGAAGAUUAGAUUUAAGAUAGAUAACAAAACUAAUGAUCACAGCAGCAAACGCAACAAUGACAACGCCAAAGAGAACAAAACUUGGGAAACUCUAACCGGACCUACUGAUUCCUAUAGAGACCCCCGCGGAGAAGAAGAGGAAUUUUUAGAGUUGAGAUUAAAGGACGUUGUUGAACGUGCUGUGUUUCUGGACAGCGAGGAAAACAAUGAUUAUCUGUGGAAACAAUUCGCUCUUUUUGUUGAUCGGCUUUUCUUUAUACUGAAUAUCAUAGGUUCACUCAUUAUUGGCAUGUUUAUGCUGGCCUAAAAAAUUCAUAUAGUUCAAGUUGACUUUGAAAUGAGCACUGUUGCUUUCGUUUCGAGAAACAUAUGUUUUUUGAAUGAUUUAUUAGUAAAUUACUUGAUUAUAAAGAGGCCAAGAUUUCGAAGUGGUUUUUUUCCCAACCAAUUUUGCUCCCAAUUUUGAUACAUUGAGACGAAAACCUUUAAAAUUAACCAAUUGUGAUAUUAGAUUUUUUUGGAUGUUUUAUGGAGUUUAAAAAUAAUUACAGAGGCAGUUUGUUUUUGCUUUUGAUUUAAUUAAAAUGCUCAUUCAUUAGUACCAUUUAAAAUUUUGAAAAACUUAUCCCAAUGAAAUUAAUCAGGUAUUCUAUCUUUUGCAACGUAUU